AUGAUAUUUGAAGAUAUAACAGAUUCCGAUAAUAAACUACGACGGACCAGGCGCAAUAAAACCCAGUUAAUAUCCAAAUAUGUAGAGUUAAAAAGAUUAGAAGGCAUUUACCAAGCCUCAACAAACUUACGAAAGAGAAAGCUACGGCAUCCUGAAGUUAGAAGAUAUGUUUUGAGAUUGAUACAUAAUGAAAUUCAUCAGAGGAUGAAACCGGAGGAAACAUUCGAGGUGUGGCACAGGUCUACUACCAGAGAAGAGAAGAAAUCAAAACUCAAAGGGAAAAAGAAAGCAAAGACCAAGAAACCGGACUACGAGGACCUGCAAUUGGGAGACGAUAAAUUGACUUUGGAAAUUUAUGAUUUUUUAGACACGGUAGUACCAGAUGGAGUAAAGGAGGAAGGUAUUGAUCUAGAUUUGCAGGUGGAUGACUUUGAUGACGAUGAAGAGUAUGAAGAGUACGACGUCGUGUCCAGUGCAAAACUUGACCAACUUACAAAGGAGUUUGACACUCAGAAUACAGCAACCAAAGCCCAAUUUUUCAUCGAAUCAAGUGGGAUGGAAAUCAUGCCUAAUCAAUGUGUAAGCUCAACUCAUUCCAUCCUCAAUAGACAUAUAAACAACAUCAACACAUUAUUGCACAUAAACAUCCUACGUCAAAAUUGGGAAAUGUCCUAUAAACUAUUUUGUAUCAUGAUUAGGUUUCCCAUGGUGGAUAUUCGACUGAUUUGGCCAUUAGGAAUUGAAAUCUUGACCCAACUAGGCACAAGAAAGAGCUCGCUGCCGGCAACGAUGAAAAUAACAAAAUUUUUCAACUACUUGAACUCGUUCUUUACAAUUGGGUACAGAAACACCAUUUCCAUCGAACGAAGUGAUAGGUUGUCAAUUGCGCCAGCAUGGAGAUCGGGAACACGAUCACUUACACCCAUGUACUUGAUCACUUCACUUUGGCAUUUAUUUGUGCAACAAGAAUACGAGCAAAUAUUGAAUAAAAUCUUGGAGCUAAUCUUAGAACCACCAUACCAUAGGGAAGGAGUGUUAUAUUUUAUUGUUGCUUUAUGUUACUUGUGUCAAUGCUGUUCAGCAGUGAACCAUUUUGCAUUACAGCACGACUUGGAUAAGUUCAAUGAAACAGGAGCAACUUAUAGAUCCAAAAAGGAGUGUCUCAAUUUCCUCAAUUUGAAUUGGUCCAAAAUCGAAUCAAACGUGAACAAGUGUAAAGAAUUCAAUUUUGAGUUACCAGUGUCUGAGCUAAAAACGCAAUGGGAGCUGAUCGUGAUUAAGUUAUAUGAGGUUAACAAGUCAAUUGAAAAUAGAAAAGUCGAAUCAAAUGUAACAACUGUCAUUGAUACUGUUCCUGAUAUAGAAGAAACAGAUGAUUGGAACGAUAUUGUAUUCAAUGAACAUGAUAUAUUAUCGCCUCUUGAUACUUCAACCCAACACAAGGAUGCUGGUUUUAGAGACGUUAAAGUUAGAAGUCACGACGAUAACGACAAUAAUGCAGAAGAAGAUUGGUCUCAGAUUGAAUCAGACACCGAGGUUGAAGAACACACGGAGAAGGAUGUACAAAAUAAAGGUUUGAAGAAGGAAAAGGAUGUCUUGGUUGAUGAUAACAACGAAUGGUGUGUAAUUAGUUCAGAUUCUGAAGGGGAGCAGGGAGAAGAAAGUGAGUCUCAUGCCACUGGAGAAAUAUCCGGAAAGAGUUGGCGCAACGAAACUCCAACCCAGCAUGACAGUGCCCCUCUCUACAACAAUGACACAAUACCCAUCCAACAAGAAAAUCAAGUUGAAACGCAGAUAGACGAAGAUUUAGAUCUAGAGGUAGAUGAUGAUUGGGACCACAUAGAAUCAGACCCUGACGAUAUAGACAUUCCAUCAAAUACUAAAAAUAGUGACUCUUUUAGUGACAAUGAAGGAGAAAGCUUAAAUGAAUGGAAAGAAUCCACAGGGAGCGAUGGCAGUAAUAAAGUGGCUGAUCUGGUAAAACAGGUGGACGAUUCCUUACUGGGAUUACAAACUCGCAAAAACGAGUUAGACUUCAAGUUAAAUUGGUCACAGACUGAUGAUCCGGAAGUUGACCCGAGUUCGAAUGGAGUAAACCGAAACCAGAAACUUGUAAAUAGAGCAUUUGAUGAAAUUGAAAGUUCCCAGGACAAUCAAGUUGCAUUCACUCUGGAUGACAAAACUGAUUCAAAGGAUGGCGAUUAUGCUUUGGAGUGGUCACAAAUUGGCGAUGAUGAUGUUUCAGGUAAAUCAACUUUGAGUCCCCGUAUUGAUCAAAUCGAGGAGACUACCGCAAAUGAUGAAUCUGACAAAAAUGGACAUUUAAUAGAUUCGAUCAAGGAAAAUGAGCAAAUACAGGGUGACGAUUACUGGGAUUUAGAAUGGACUCAGAUUGAUGAUGAUGUGUUAUCACUGGAUGAGGAGCGUUCAACAACUCUCGCAAACACCAACUUGGAACAUCACGGGCAAGACAUUAGAGAAUCGGACACUUCUGGCAAUGGAUAUGUUCAUCCAUUUGAUCUGCAAGAACUCAAGAACUCGAAGUCAAACGGACAUGCACCAGACGCUGAUAUAUCUUCCCUUUCAAUAAUAUCUCAAACCGUCGCUGACGACAGCAUUGAAGACUCCCCCAUUAGCUUUUUUGACUAUAGAAGAAACAGUCUUGAGUUACACCAAAUGCGACUUAAGGAGGAGACAAGGCGGAAGCUGAAGACGAAGUCAAAUAAGGAAAAGGACGGAAGUCUAAAGGGAAUGCUGGAUAACAAGAUUAAAAAACAAUCGCAUCAUAAGAAGGAGAGGAAACGAAAGCACAAUCAACAAAGAGACAAGAGGCAAUGA